AUGGAUUUAAGAACGCAAUUCGACCAGUGGAAGGCAAAACACAAUAAACAAUACGCUUCACAAGCAGAAGAUGAGAGACGAUUCAAAAUCUACAAGGAGAACUUGAAGAAAAUUGGUGGCCUGAAUGCUAGCCCCAAUACAGGAACCGCCGUUUUCGGAGCAAACGUGUUCGCAGAUCUUACAAGUGAGGAGUACCUGAGGAAAAUCGGCGCAAGCAGCAGGAAGCGGAAAUAUGGCGGAAGCGGCAGCAGCAGCAGGCUACAGACUCGCAUGCUUCCCGGCGAGGGCAGCAUGUCACGUAAGUUCAGUUUCUUGAAAUUCAGGAAACGCAGCCACUCCGCGCCUCCUACCUUGUCCCGAAGCGGGAGUAUCGGGUCGAACCCUGCCACGCCUUCCGGGUCCCGAAGCGGGAGUUUCAGACAGGACCCUGCGACGCCUGCCACAUCCAGGACCGGGAGCUUCGGCCAGGACCCCGCGCAGGCUGCCACGUCCCGCACUGGGAGUUUCGCCCCGCAGGACGCUACGCUUAGACGCUCCAAGUCCAUGUGGCCGAAUUGGGCCCCGCCGUACCCUGAGCCCGCUCUAUUCAUUGGCGCAGAGCCGCAGGGACCACCCAUCGUUGACUGGCGCGUUCCGGCAAAUAUCUACCCGGACACUGAACCUCAAGUACGUACGCUGAUCGACUGCACACCCGGGAAUCGAGGUUGUGAGGACGGGGGCAUAGAGGAACCUCUGGAUUACAUGCGAGAUACCGGUGUCCCACUUGCCGCCUACUAUCCCUACACGGCGAGGACGGAGGUAUGCAAGCGGUACAUACCGCCUUCCUUGAAGAUUACAGGUCGCACACUCGUACCAAUGGAAUAUCUGGAGUGGGCUGUGCAAACUAGUCCACUCCCAACAACGUUCAACUCUCCUGAGUCCCUCCAGUUCUACAUUUCAGGAGUGUUCGAUUCUCUGGACUGCGAUAACGAUCCCAAUCGACUGAAUCACGCUGUCACUAUUGUCGGCCACUACAGAGACGCUUGGAUUAUACGGGAUAGCGUGAUCAAAGAAUGGGGUUUGGAGGGUCACUUUCUGGUUAAAAAAGGAAGAUGUGGGGUAGGUAUUCAAACCUACAAGAUCGACGGACUCCAGGUGUUACCCGAUCCCAGAAAACGCACCCUCAGCCAAAUGUCGUCAGGUGCAGAGGCUCCUUCGUCGAGUAAAAGAUAUCCAGCCAAUUAAGGGUCAUACCC